CGGUGUAACUGUAAACUAAUACACGUGCGGGUAUCAUAAUCACGUCAAUACUUCACUUGUUGAAUAACAAAAUGACCAUGACGUAACGAAUUAUUCUUCCGCGUGUCAACAGUUUCCAUAUAUCGGAUAUUAAUGUUUCUCCAUAAUUGAACAAAUGUGUAGGUUUUGUAGCAAUUUUCUCGUUUGACAAAUUGUUUUGCAGACGGUUUCACUAACUGAGUGACUGGUGUGUCGUAUGGACCUCUAGAUGGUAAAUUACUAAACUUUUCAAAUACUAAGAGUUUGCAAUACAAUAUGGAUUCGGACGCCGUCGCAGAAACCAGCCCACCUCCAGCUAAAAAGGUGAAGAUAGAAAGUGAAGUGACUAAAACAAGUGAGAACAAGACAGUGUCAGAAGACACGAAGCCGAAGGGCAGUUCAGCGGAAACAACUGCCACAAGCAGUGACACAAACGGCCAUGUCGCCGAGUCUGAUGUGGGGAUUACCCAGUAUGUCAGCAGUCAUCAAGGGUUCACUGCCAUAAUAAAACAGAGGUACUCCGAUUUCAUCGUUAAUGAAGUCAGUGAUGAAGGAACGGAAGUGCACCUCACAUCUACAGACCUGCCACAAGAAGUGGAGGAACAGGUUGGCAGCGGUACGUUUUACCAGAAGAUGAAUGUUCACAGGUGGCCGACCCAUGACCCAGACGUCCUGUCGGAGGAGGACAGAGCCAAGCUGCAAACACUGCUGGAUGACGCUGACAAGAAGGCGUCCAUCUUGCUUGAGAUGAUGAAGGUGUCGGCUGUGGCACCAGAUGAUGAAGGUGUUGAAGGUGUUGAAGCUGUGCUGGCACCAGUUGAUGAAGCUGCUAUUGCAGGCAGUGGAGGAGGAUGGGACAAAGAAAAUGCUCAGCCAUCACUCAUCCCUAAACAGCAAAAGCAGACCAACGAACACGCCCGUGAAUGGAAGCCGAGUCGCGGCAAUUACUGCCGCUUUGUGUUGUACAAGGAAAACAAGGAUACUAUGGAUGCCAUCAACCUCAUCUCAAGACUAGCAAGGUUGAAAACUCAGCUGUUCAGCUAUGCAGGUACAAAGGACAAACGAGCUAAAACAUCACAGGAAAUCACUGCAUUCAGAGUCACUGCCAACAAGCUUCAGGCUGUCAACACAAAACUCCGCAACAUGAUGAUGGGUAACUUCAGACUGGUGUUUACACGACCGGAUUUCAUCAACUACUACGGCAUGCAGAGGUUCGGCACCACAUCCAUUCCCACACAUCAUGUGGGCAGGGCUCUGCUGCACUCACAGUGGAUGGAAGCGGUGGAUCUCAUCCUCAAACCACGGAAAAGUGGGGAUGACAGUAUGAAGAAGUGCCGCGAGGAGUGGGGCAAAUCACGUGAUCCAAGCGCUGCUCUGAGGUAUGUCCCCAGUCAUCACAACAUCGAGAGGACUUUGCUGGAGACACUGAUGAAGCAGGGCGAGACCAGCUACGCCAAUGCUCUGCAGGCGCUGCCAAGAAAUACCCGGCUCAUGUAUGCCCAUGCCUACCAGAGUUACGUGUGGAACUCCAUGACUUCUCGCAGACUGGCGGAGUUCGGUUACAAGGUGAAGGUCGGGGACCUGGUCAUCCCGCACAGCAUCAACUGGGAGGGGAGAGGAGGGGAUGACGAGUCAAAGUUGCAGCCGACAGUUGUGACAGAGGAGAACCAAUCAGAAUACAGCAUACAGGACCUGGUGUUGCCCCUCCCCGGACAUGAUGUCAUCUACCCUGAUGGCGAGGUGGGCUCAUGGUACCGAGAGCUGAUGGAGAAGGACGACCUUGACAUUGACAACAUGAAACAGAAGAACAAGGAUUAUUCCCUGCCUGGUGACUAUCGCCACCUACUGGUGACCCCAAGAGAUGUGACCUGGGACGUGGUUACCUACAAUGACUUCACAGUCCCACUCUCACAGGGAGAUCUCGAUGUGAUGUUUAACAAACCUCAACCAGAGAGUGUCAAGGAGGGCAAGUUCCGAGCUUUACGACUGGAGUUUUCCCUUCCCUCCUCAACCUACGCAACAAUGGCUCUGCGAGAAAUCCUCAAGAUUGACACUUCCUCCACUUUCCAGACUUCGCUGAAUGUGACGACACCAACAGAUAGUGAACCAGUUAAAUCCACAGUCAGAUAGUGAACCAGUUAAAACCAUGGUCAGAUAGUGAACCAGUAAAAGCCAUGGUCAGAUAGUGAACCAGUUAUAACCAGUCAGUGCCAGUUUGCAUGGUGAAUGACACGACACAGCUUUGAUAAACUUGCUUUAACAAGCUGGUUUCGGGUAGAUGAUGCCCAGAGCAGAGCUUGAGUCUGAUCCAGCAGCUGGAAACCUCAUUAGGUGACUUUGACAUGUCACCAGCGCCACCUACUGGACACGAGGAGAAUCAACAAACAGAUGAUUCCUGGAAGUGUUUCUGGGGUAUAUAAUCGGGGUUACUAAUGCAAGCUAUUGUAUUCCUGCUCUAUACUCAAACCUCCUGUAUGUGGCCAUAGAAGAAGACUCAUUGACUGGACAUUGGUUUUGACCUCUAAAGGUCACCACAGUUGGGAAAAGAUUGGACAUAUAUUUUUGCUUCUGUAUAAUAAAUUGUUUGGGCAUUUUGUCUCUAUA